AUCGAUUGUACUUCUUAUCAUUAUGCUUGGUUGAUUAACAAGCAGUAAUGUUCCGUUUAUAUAUAAGAUCGCACCUGUUUGAAUAUUACCUAUUAAGGAAUUUAAAUGUUGUGUGAGGAUUUAUGUUAAAAAAAUGGAAGGACUGAAAAUGGACAGUAGUGAUAAAUAUAUUAAAAGAAACAAGCCUAACGUGAUCUCAAGACUUUUUAUAUGCUGGGUUUGUCCUGUUCUCUUUAAAGGUAACAGAAGAGACAUCGAAGAAGAUGAUCUUAUUAUUCCAAACAAACCAUAUGACUCUGACAGACUCGGUGAAAAGCUUCAAAGGUAUUGGUUAGAUGAAUAUCAGCAAGCUACACAAAGAAAUCGGAAGCCAUCACUAUGGAAGGCAAUGCGAAGGGCUUUUUGGUUAGCAUACAUGCCUGGGGCUGUCCUACUUUUAAUAAAUGCAGUGGCAAGGACUAUACAGCCUUUACUGUUUACCGAGCUGCUGACAUAUUGGUCAGCCAAUCCUGCCCAAACGAUAACUCAAAGAGACGCCGGGUUAUAUGCAUUGGGCAUGUUAGUACUUAUCCUCAUUGCCGCCUUUACUCAGCACCAUAACAAUUUGUUUGUGAGCCGGUUCAGUUUGAAAAUGAAGAUCGCUUGCUCUUCUCUCAUAUAUAGAAAGGUGCUGCGUAUGAGCCAGCUGUCGAUCGGUGAAGUUGCAGCAGGAAAAUUGGUGAAUUUAUUGUCAAACGAUGUGGCCCGCUUUGACAUGGCAUUUAUGUUUCUCCAUUACUUGUGGCUGGUGCCCUUGCAGCUGAUUUUCGUAUUGUACUUCCUGUAUGACGCUGCGGGGUAUGCCCCAUUCGUCGGACUCUUCUCGGUUAUAUUUCUAAUACUUCCUAUACAAGCUGUUCUGACUAAACUCACUGCUGUAAUCAGACGGGUCGUUGCGCAAAGAACCGAUAAGCGUAUAAAGUUGAUGUCCGAGAUUAUAAAUGGAAUACAGGUGAUUAAAAUGUACGCUUGGGAGAAGUCAUUUGAGGAUGUUGUUAAAGUUGUCAGAGCCUUUGAACUGGAGGCGCUAAAGAAGUCUACCUUCGUGCGCAGCGUGUUUUUGGGCUUCAUGAUGUACGCGGAGAGAAGCACUUUGUUCAUUACGUGUUUGACGAUUGUUCUCACGGGAAACUUGCUGAGAGCGGAUAUGAUUUUUCCAGUUAAAGUAUUUCUCGGUAUAGUCCAGAUGAAUUUGACGUUUAUUUUACCACUAGCUAUUGCCAGUUUGUCAGAAUUGAAUGUAUCUUUGACACGUAUACAGAACGUUCUAGUUAUGGAUGAACGAGAAGAUUUAUCAAUGUCAGAGACUAAUGGACACAUAAUUGCUACAACUUUCAAUGGAAAGCCCUCAUCAAUUGGAACAGAUUCAAUAGUUGCGAAUAAAUAUUUAUCUCCCUUGGUUCCAAGGCCGUCAAUAGAUUCGCGAGCUACGAGUGAGUAUGUUGUCGAGUGUUCGAAUGCUAACGCUUCAUGGACGAAAUCAGAUCAGAUGACUCUUAAAAAUAUUACAAUGAACAUACGCAGAGGAAAAUUGUGCGCUAUCGUUGGGUCUGUUGGCUCGGGAAAAUCAUCCCUACUACAAGUUCUUCUACGCGAGCUGCCAUUAAGCAGCGGCAACUUGAAAGUAGAAGGGAGUUUAUCAUACGCUUGUCAAGAGUCGUGGCUGUUCCCGGCGACUGUCCGGGAAAACAUUCUCUUCGGACUGCCCUAUGAAGUAGCGAGAUACAGAGAGGUGUGUCACGUGUGUUGUCUAGCGACAGAUUUCAAGCAAUUUCCAUAUGGCGACCUGUCGUUAGUAGGAGACCGCGGCGUUACUUUGUCCGGUGGACAAAGAGCCAGAAUUAACUUGGCUCGGGCCAUCUACAGACAGGCUGACAUAUAUUUAUUAGAUGACCCAUUGUCAGCUGUGGAUGCGAACGUCGGUCGGAAGUUGUUCAAACGAUGUAUACAGACGUAUUUAAGCGGACGAACGCGAAUACUUGUAACGCAUCAAGUACAUUUCCUCAAGGCAGCCGAUUUUAUUAUUGUUUUGAAAGAUGGAUGUAUAAAAACCAUGGGAUCUUACGACGAUUUGAUCAAAUCGGAAAUAGAGUUCUCAUCAUUAAUAACAGACGAGAGUAAUGAGGACGGAAAAACUGAAAAGGAAAAUAAAAAACCAACAUUAGAACACACCAUAUCAAAGGUAUCCGUAAGGAGUAACGAGAACCCAGAAGAGCAAAAGGAACAAGUUCAGGCUUCGGAGGAAAGGGCUAAAGGGAAUCUAGAUUGGCGGGUCAUAAGGAGUUACGUGGUGUCUGUAAAUUCAUGGCUUGUUACAUUUUUGGCGUUUUUCUCGGUAUUAGUUACCCAGUUUGGUGCAACAUUUUCCGACUACUGGCUGAGUUAUUGGACGAACGCUGUUGACAAUUACGAACUAUCGCUGCCAAUCGGAGUUGAACCUGAUACGGGCUUAGGAACACAAAUGGGGCCAUUGACCACGGCGCAGUAUCUUUGGAUAUUCGGUGGAUCGGUUCUCUUCAUAAUAAUCAUGACCCACGUACGAAUUGUCGGGUUUGUCAUGAUGACUAUGCGUGCCUCGCAGAAUCUUCACGAUGUUAUGUUCAAGAAUUUGAUUGUCGCCGCUAUGAGCUUUUUUAAUACCAAUCCUUCAGGUCGCGUACUGAACAGAUUUUCAAAGGAUAUGGGCGCUAUGGAUGAAAUGUUACCACGCAGUUUAUUAGAAUCAGUACAGAUGUACUUAUUCACGGCGAGUGUUCUUGUGUUGAAUGCAAUGGCGCUUCCUUUGACAUUGGUACCGACUGCAGUGUUAUUAGUUAUCUUUGUCUUUCUUCUUAAAUGGUAUCUAAAUGCGGCGCAGGCUGUAAAGAGAUUAGAAAGUACAACUAAAAGUCCCGUGUUUGGUAUGAUCAAUUCAACCAUUGCUGGAUUGUCUACUAUAAGAAGCUCCAAUUCCCAAUACAGAUUGCUAAAGAUGUUUGAUGAUGCUCAGGACGUCAACACGAGCGCAUUCUACACAUUCUUAGGUGGAUCCUCGUGUUUUGGUCUAUAUAUGGAUAUACUAUGUCUUUUCUAUCUCGCAAUCAUAAUUAUAGGUUUUCUGUUUAUAGAUUUUGGGGAAAUCAUCGCGGUGGGCAGUGUCGGUCUGGCCGUCAGUCAGUCUAUGGCGCUCACCAUGAUAUUGCAAAUGGCGGCGCGAAUCACGGCAGACUUACUCGCUCAAAUGACAUCUGUAGAGCGAGUGCUCGAAUACUCAAAUCUGCCUGCUGAAGAAAAUAUGGAAACUGGCAGUACUCGCCCUCCCCCGAACUGGCCGCCAAAUGGACAGCUACAAUUUGAAAACGUCAAUCUCAAAUAUGCAGAAGAUGAUCCACCGGUUCUCAAAAACUUGAACUUCACCAUAAAAAACGGAUGGAAGGUUGGCAUUAUAGGAAGAACAGGAGCUGGUAAAUCGUCACUAAUUUCGGCUCUCUUCAGGCUGUCCACUGUCGAAGGAAGCAUUAAAAUUGAUGGCAUUGACACCAAAGAUAUAGCUAAGAAGGAAUUAAGAUCUAAGAUAUCUAUUAUUCCUCAAGAGCCAGUACUAUUUUCUGCUAAGCUGCGAUACAACUUAGACCCAUUUAACUACUACAGUGAUGAUGAAAUUUGGAGAGCUUUGGAACAAGUGGAACUGAAAGACGCAGUGACGUCACUCGAUUACAAUGUGUCGGAAGGCGGAGCCAAUUUUUCCGCAGGACAACGUCAGUUGCUCUGCCUCGCGCGGGCCGUACUUCGGUCCAACAAAAUACUCGUGAUGGAUGAGGCGACAGCCAACGUGGACCCACAGACUGACAGUUUAAUCCAAACAACCAUUCGCCGUCAGUUUGCGUCAUGCACAGUGUUAACCAUCGCGCAUCGUCUCAACACCAUCAUGGACUCGGAUCGUAUUCUCGUCAUGAACAAAGGCGAGGUGGCGGAGUUCGACCACCCACACACAUUGCUGUCCAACCCCAACAGUUUGCUCAGUUUCAUGGUGAGGGAGACAGGGGAAAUGAGCAGCACCUUGUACAAGACCGCGAAAAAUAAAUACAUUAGUGACAAUGAAGAGAUCUCGAAGGAUAAAUAAACUUUACUAGGACAAUUGUAUUUUCAAUCCUCCAAGAACUGGGCAUCAAACAGUGUCUUUCUUCCAUAGUCCAAUGUCGCAUACUCACUUUCUUUGGUCAUAUCACACGAAGAGAUGACACGUUCAUAGAGAGACUUGUGGUGCAAGGAAAGGUGGAGGGCACAAGAGCGCGUGGCAGGUCACCAAUGCGCUGGACUGACCAAGUAAAAACCUCUCCAUGAUUCGCUUCACGAAUGUGCUAAGAGAAACACUCUGACAGAGGAAUGGCGACGGAUAGUGAGGCUUGCCACCGCACCCAAAUGACGACCACGACCACUCUGUCAAGAGUGUAACGACAAAGAAGAAGGACAAUUGUAUAUGUUUUAAUUAUUUUAUCUAUUGUUAUAUAUAAAACUUGAAUUAGGUAUGAAAUCAAAAAAUGUCAAAUUGACAUGGAUAACUUACGUGCCUAUUGUAAGCGUUACAAUACAAUAUACCAUUGAUAAUUUUUAGCAAAAGUGUUUUGUGUAAAAUAACAUGUGACUUACAGUUAGAAUUCUAGAGUAUAGUGUAGGUUAGGUCUAGGCAUUUGAAAAAUUAGGCGAGAUUGUAGUCAGCACGAGUCCAAGUAUGUUGUAUUUAAAAAGUUACGCAAGCUGUUUAAUUUAUUUUACGUAGUUAGAGCAUUUAUUGUUAUGCUCUACGUAAUUUGACGGCCUAUGCAGUUACGAAUUUAUAAUUUUAGCGCUGGCCAUUGGAAUUACGUUUUUUUUUAUUUAUGUAAUUAAUACAUAAAUACUAUGAAUUUUUUGCUUAAAAUAUUUAAUAGUUGAGGUUAGACAAAGUAUUGUAUGAAACGUAUGGUAUUGAACUCUCGUGUCUCUCCAUAUACAAUAAGGACUCGUGUCUUAUUUAAUACGUAGCAACUAUUAAGUAGGUAACCGUUUUACAAACGCACUCGAAAGCUCCGCUAGCGGAUGACUAGAUUAUUUUUUAUAAUUUUUCAAGCGUUUUUAUAUCAACAUUGUAAAAUAUACAAGUAAAAUAAAAGUAUGUUUAAAUUACAAAAAAAAAAUUGGUAGGUAAAUUAUAAUUUAUAAAUAAUAUAAAAUUUAUUUACAAUAAAAGACUUAAAAUUAC